AUGCAUGUUGACUCUGACGGCAGUGAAACACAUCAGGAGAAACCCUUUGAGCACGUUCCUGGUGACAAGCAAGAGACGCUUGGCAUCACAGGCCAGGACCUCACAGCGACAGGGCAGGCUGCGGCCCAUCCUCAGCGGGCAGAUGGCAAACUGGAACUAACCGAAGAUGAUGCUUACGAAAAGCUAGGCUAUUCCUAUCCAGAAUGGAAAAAGUGGAUGAUUUUGGUAAUCAUCCUAUGCAUUCAAACAUCAAUGAACUCGAAUGCCAGCAUGUACGGCUUUGGCGUUGAUGGGAUUUCGGAAAGAUACGGCGUUUCCACAACCAAGGCGCGAUUAGGACAAUUUCUUUUUCUGGUCACGUAUGCGCUCGGAUGCGAAUUGUGGGCUCCUUGGUCUGAAGAGUUUGGACGAUGGCCUACUCAACAACUCAGUUUGUUCCUAGUGAACAUUUGGCAAAUUCCCAGCGCUCUCGCACCCAACUUCGGUACGCUUCUGGUAGCUCGUGGACUAGGCGGUCUGUCCACUGCCGGUGGAUCUGUCACUUUGGGUGUGAUCGCCGACUUGUACCAGCCUGAAGACACCGGAUUCCAGUACGCCGUAGCUUUUGUCAUCCUAUCCUCAGUCGGCGGUGCACCAGUCGGAGCGGUCAUCGGUGGUUUUGUUGGCCAGUACAGAAGUUUUGAAUGGAUAUUCUGGGUUCUUCUGAUAAUGGGAGGGAUCGUUCAAGUUUUGCAUUUCUUCCUAGUCCCGGAGACACGGACGACUGUGUUGCUGGACCGAGAGGCAAAGAAACGGAGGAAGAAUGGUGAGAAGAAUAUUUAUGGACCUGAUGAGCUGAAGGAAAAGCGAUUUUCUGGGAGGGAAGUGGCCAGGAUUUGGUGGAGACCUUUCUUGAUGUUUUUUACUGAGCCGAUCGUCCUAUUCCUGUCAUUGUUGAGUGGCUUCAGUGACUCCCUGAUCUUCACAUUUCUGGAAGCAUUUACACCAGUAUUCGAACAAUGGGGAUUCGAGACGUAUCAGAUCGGGCUGUGCUUUCUUUCGUCUGUCGUUGGAUACAUACUCUCCUACCUUACUUACCUGCCUGUCAUUUGGCAUCACAAUAAGACGAGAAAGGUAGAUCCAGAUCGGCUGUCCCCAGAAUCGAGAUUGUGGUGGUUGCUGUACCUUGCACCUCUCCUUUCUAUCGGUCUGUUCGGUUUCUCCUGGACAAGUCUGGGUCCGCCGCAGGUGCACUGGAUUGCUCCAUUGAUCUUUACCACCAUUGUUGGCAUGGCAAACUAUGCGGUAUACAAAAGCUCGAUUGAUUAUAUGAUUGCCGCCUACGGUCCAUAUGCCGCGUCCGCCACUGGUGGAAAUGAUCUUGCAAGGGACUUCUUGGCCGGUAUUGCCGCGCUGUAUUCUCAUCCAUUUUAUGAGAACGUGGGUGGUGAGGACCGGCAUUUGAUCUAUCCAAGUACGAUUUUAGCCUGUUUGGCUGUGGCAGUAAUCAUUCCAAUAUAUGUCUUCUACUGGAAAGGGCCUCAAAUCCGACUGAAGAGCAGAUUUGCGCAAGAAUUGGAGAAAGGCAGACAAGCGAGGAUGCAAAAGAGGAGGUCGACUAUUGGUGCGCAAGGUGGUCUGGGCAGACAUGUAGAAAAGGUAUGA